AUGAGGGACCGCUAUCCCUUGCCCUUACUGAGCGAGACCUUGCGAACGAUAGCCAAGGCAAGGUGGUUCACCAAGACAACUUUCAGAACGCGCUAUGGAUCCUUCGAAUGGCUGGUAGUUCCAUUCGGCCUGACAGGCGCACCAGCAGCCUUUCAGCGGUACAUUAACAGCGCGCUCCAGGAUUACCUAGACGAUUUUGUGUCAGCAUAUAUCGACGAUGUCCUGAUCUUCUCCUCUGGAAGCCUGCAAGACCACCGCGACAAGGUCGGCAAGGUCCUCCAACGACUGAUGGACGCCGGGCUGCAACUGGAUAUCAACAAGAGUGAAUUCGAAGUCAAGGCUGUGAAAUACCUUGGGUUUAUCAUCGAGGCGGAGUGUGGGAUCCGAGUCGACCCUGAGAAGUCCGUGAGGAGUUUUAUUGGAUUCGCGAACUUCUACAGGAUGUUUAUGCCAGAGUUCUCGGUGAUAGCGGAGCGCUAA